AUGGGAGAAGGAAAAGGGUCGACUCUGGUUCACCUUCUAGUGGUGGUUCUAAGUCUGGUUGCAUUUGGGUUCGCCAUUGCAGCUGAAAGACGUAGAAGCAUUGGCCAUAUUGAAAAAGAUGCAACAAAUGCUACAUACUGUGUCUACAACUCUGAUGUUGCAACUGGCUAUGGAGUGGGCGCUUUCUUAUUUCUUCUUUCAAGUGAAUCACUAUUGAUGGGUGUUACAAAAUGCAUGUGUUUUGGUAGAUCAUUAGCCCCUGGCGGAGAUCGAGCAUGGUCCAUCAUUUUUUUUGUUUCAUCAUGGGCGACUUUUCUGGUUGCAGAAGCAUGUUUAAUUGCAGGUGCAAAGAAAAAUGCGUACCAUACAAAGUAUCGUGGGAUGAUCUAUGCUCAAAACUUCACCUGUGAAACAUUGCGGAAAGGCGUUUUUAUUUCCGGGGCAGUGUUUGUGGUGGCAACAAUGAUUCUCAAUGUAUACUACUACAUUUAUUUCUCCAAAGCUACUGUCACUAAGGCAGGGCACAAAACAAAUGGUACAAGUUCUGUUGGGAUGACUGGCUAUGCUUAG